AAUAGACUCCUUUCUGUUUCGAUUAAUAAAUUGGGGUUUCAAGAUUUUGCCAAAUAUAAGUGACAGAGCCGCUGUUCUCCAUCUUCCUCAGCUCGCGAUUCUUAAACUCCAAGUCAUGGCUGGGAAAGCAGUGAAAUCUGUUGCAAAAGCUGUUGGGGAAUACCAGUUCCCAUGGAGAGAGAAGCUGACAAAAUACAGGGAUGAGCUGUCAAAGGGUGUGUGGGGUUACUGGGAGCUUGGUGCUUGGAAGCCUCUAGCUAUCAGUGCACGCCGCCGAGCUCGGAUCCGCAAAGAGGUCCUCCUUGCUGGAGGUGAUUGGGAAUUUGAUCCGGAAAGGAAGGAGAUGAAGACAAAGAGGAAAGGUCACAAGGUUGAUAGGUUGGCUGCCGAGAAGCGAGCCAAUACUGCUCGACUGAUGGAAGAGAUGCCCAAGAUGUUGGAUGAUUACAAGAAGAGAAGGUGGGAGAGGAAGAUGAAAGCAGAAGAGGACGCUGCCAAGAAGGCGUUGAACGAGUAGCUAAAAGCUCAGCCCUUUCGAUUCAUGGUAUUAAAAGCUGGAUUCCUUCUUGUGCAGUUUCACCUUGAUGCUUUGUUAGUUCUUACAUAAGUUGUUGGUCGACCUCCGUUGUGAACCUUUAUGUUAUGAUGCCUUGUUGAGCUCUUACAUACGUAGGUCGUGCUCUUUAGACAUUUGUUUUCUCUCCGGCUUCUGCUAAAACUGAGAUGCUGAUGAAUUGUUAUGUCGUAUGCCAAAAAGGUGUUGAACUAGUAGCUAACAGCUCCGCCCUUUCAUUUCAUGUUAUUCAAAACUGGAUUCCUUCUUGCUAA